GACACGCCCCGCCAAGACACGCCCCGCAAUACAUGCAAUCUAUCCAACUGCCGUACGACCAGGUGCUCCUAAACAUUAAUUGCCCGCUACGUCCACAACUAUUAGCCGGUGGAGUACAGCGGAUUCAAGUUCCCGGGAUACAAGUUUUUCGAGGACCAGCUCCUGGUGGACCGGCUCCUGGUGGAACAGCUCCUCGUGGACCAGCUCCUCGUGGAUCAGCUCUUGGUGGACCAGCUCUUGGUGGAUCAGCUCCUGGUGGAUCAGCUCUUCGUGGACCAGCUCCUCGUGGACCAGCUCCUGGUGGAUUAGCCCCUGGAGGACCGGUUCCUGGUGAAUUAGCUCUUGGUGGACCAGCUCUUGGUGGACCGGCUCCUCGUGGACCAGCUCCUUAUGGACCAGCUCUUGGUCACCAGGCACAAGUCCCACAAAGACAAGUCCCACAAGGACAAGUCCCUCGAGGAGAGGUGCUACAAGUACAAAUCCCUCCGGAAGAAUUAGCUUAUCAACAAGGAGCAGAACUGGCAUUGGAAGAGUAUCCUUCAACCGAACCUGGCUUUCCAACAUCAUCAGUCCGACCCGCUCGUUACAUGGCUGGGGGACGCAGGAACAGAAAUAAAAACGGUCGUGGAAGAGGUCGUGGAAGAGGUCGUGGAAGAGGUCGUGGAAGAGGUCGCGGAAGUCGCAUCGUCAACAUUUUUAUGUAAUAAUAUUUACAUAAUCCAAAAGCCAAUUAACUUGAUUUGAGAGAAAAAUUCUUAAACUUAAGAAAUUGUA